CCGGCGGCAGACGUGUCCCGGGGAUGGAGGACAGCAGGAGACCCCAUGUCGCCAUCGCUGGCUGGGCAUGCACCACCCUGUGCUUGGUGUCCUACACAGCUGCCUUCUCGCACGGCGCCAGCCUUUCCGCCUGCAUCGACAUGAUGCCCAGGCACCUGAGAGCACAGCUGCACAGCCCCAACAACAACUACGUCACUGUCCACACCAACAUGUCCUUCUACUUCCCUGGCGACAAGGUUCCAGUGACAGUGAGGAGCACCCGGGAUUUUAUGGGUUUUCUGCUUCAAGCUCGCAAAGUGUCUAACGACGAAAUCGCUGGCACCUUCGUCUUCAUUCCUCCUGGUUCCAAGCUGCUGACUUGUUUUGAAGAUGGUGACACCGUCACCCACUCAGACAAGUCACUGAAGAGAAACCUGUCCUUCGUAUGGAAAGCACCAGACCAGCCCAUUGGAGACAUCAAGUUUUUGUAAGAAUGUGCUGGUUCCUAACCAGAAUUUGUGUCUUCUCAGUUAAAGGCUUGGCUUUAUUUUUCCCAUUGCACUUGUCCAGCGCAGUGGUUUAUGUAUCUUGAACCACGUGUAGCUAAAUAA